AUGCUAAAAGUGUCGCUAAUACUACUAGUUCUGUCAGCAGCUGCUGUGCUGGCAGAUUUCGAUCCGUUUCUCGACAUACCCUUCAAGCCAGUCAAGGACAUCGAGCGUAUUGAAUCACAUGGCUAUCCGUCUGAAUCCCACUACGUGGAAACCGAGGAUGGUUAUGUGCUGAAUAUGUUCCGCAUACCGCACUCGCCCAAGUUGAAGAAUGAGAAAAAGGAGCGUCCGGUUGUAUUUAUUAUGCAUGGUUUGUUCAGUUGCUCAGAUUGCUUCCUGCUCAAUGGACCGGACAAUGCAUUGGCCUACAACUAUGUCGACGCCGGCUAUGAUGUCUGGCUGGGCAAUGCACGUGGCAAUCUUUAUUCCCGCAAGAACACUAAAAUGAGCAUUAAUCAUCCCUAUUUCUGGCGCUUUAGUUGGCAUGAAAUAGGUCAUUACGAUCUGCCUGCAAUGAUUGAUUAUGUGCUCGCGACCACAGGACAAGAGAAAUUACAUUAUGUGGGUCACUCGCAGGGAUGCACCACGUUCUUUGUCAUGGGCUCCACGCGUCCCGAGUACAACAAAAAGAUCAAGACUGCGCAUAUGCUGGCACCGCCAAUUUUCAUGGGCAAUGUUACUGAGGGCAUUAUUCUCGCAACUGCACCAUAUGUAGGCUCACCUGGCUUGGGUGCGGAGCUGCUACAGAAUCAGGUCUUUUUGCCACUGAAUCAAUAUAUUCAACGCCUUCUGGACACUGCUUGCAGUAACCAGCCCAUUAUGCUGAGCUACUGCAAGACGCUCGCAUUGAUGUGGGGUGGAGAUCUAGGCAAUCUUAAUGCGACACUAUUGCCUCAGGUGGCUGAAACUCAUCCCGCUGGCAUUUCCACUAAUCAAGGUAUACACUUUAUACAAUCGUAUGUCUCUAACGAUUUCCGUCGUUACGAUUGGGGUCCCAAGAACAACUUAGCUUUUUACGGUACUGAAGUGCCGCCUUCGUAUGACAUCACGAAGAUAGAUGCCAAUCUAUAUCUCUACUCGGGUGAAGCUGAUGGCUCGGCUAAUGUUAUGGAUAUUGCACGCUUGCCGGGACUGCUGCCCAACAUGAAGGAGCUUUAUACAAUACCCGACCCAACCUUUGGUCACUUGGACUUUAUAUUUGCCAACAGCGUUAAGGAGAUUAUUAAUGAUAAAGUGAUCGGCAUAAGCAAAGACUACGAUGCCAAAAACAAAUUUUAAAUAAAUAUUUGUUGUAUCUGCAAGUUUA